AUACUAUAUUCUUUGUACUGUGGUGGUAAUAAAUAGAGAAUUGUCAGCUGUAAUUCGGCCUCUAUUCUGCGCUCUUCUAUUCCGGGACGUAGAGCCCUCUAGUAGCGUCACAAUUUACGAUUUAACUGCUUGACACCAAUGACGGAUGAUAAAACUAAAAAUUAGAGACAAAUCUGAAAAUCAGUUUUUUUGUUCGAUGUGUGAAUUGAUUAUUAAUUGAAUCAGGUGUACGUGACUUUUCGUUUGUACAAAGGUGUCAUUCGAUCUAGUGAAAUCCAAUAUAAUCUGGAAGAGACACCGUAAAAAACGAUCAAUUUGUGUUUCAAAACUUGAUUGUAUUGUGAAAAUGGUGCGGUGGCUUUAACCUAUAGACUCCAUGAUAAAACUACGAGGUGCCGCCGAAAUCUGAGACAAAAUGCCUUCUUCUCAGACUUGGAUAUGUAUAUUAUUCAUGAUCAUUCUAUCGGCAGUUGGGAGUGAACUGGAUUAUGAUGGAUGGCUUCGACUUAGAUUAUGGCAUGCUAUGAACAAAGAUCCAAUGCCAAAUUUCAUUGAAAGAGGUAACAUAACCGUAACCAGCGUUCGUAGCAGUGCUUCUGCUGUAGCGCAAAUGGGUCUUCAGCCAAAUGACAUUAAGGCCCUACAGAAAUUAGCAAAGGAUGAUAAAGAAUACCGGUUGAAAGCUUCAGUACGAGGUUCAUCAGGUCUAGAAACAACAUUUCUGACCUCAGUUCCAGCGUGUCUCCUAUUAGGCGCUGAACUUGAAGACUUUUUAACUAUCUGGCUCGAUGGAGCGGCAGAACCAGUGGCUGUGAGCCUGUCUUCAUAUGGUCCUUGCUCUCGGGAAGCUCCACCCACCCACAUGUGGACUACAGGGAUUCAAGUGAGGUAUCCAGAGGCUGGACCAGUCCCAGAUACAGCAACGUUUAUUCAGAAACUAGAGCGAGAAAAGGAAGCCAGGGAGAGAGGAGACACAAAAGACAAUCGUUCUUUUUUGGCGAAAUACUGGAUGUACAUAGUACCUGCAGUUAUAUUCGUCCUACUAUCUUCAGCGACAAACCCCGAGGCUGGUGGCGGUGGUGGUGGAGGAGGUGGUGCUCAGAGAUAACUAGCGCCUCUCACAUCCGAUUGUACAAGAUAUUGAAUAUAUAUAGCUAUUUAUUCCUUCUACGUAUCAUCGUGUUAUUAUGUUUACGAUUUUCGUCUCAAAUUUGCCUGCACGUCACGACGCCCAGGUCGAAGUACAUGCCGAUUCAAUAAACGAAUAAUUAAUACAACA